CAUGUCAUUUCCGGUAAAGCUGGGGUGGUGACUGCUGAAGAUAAAUUUUCAUAAUUUUUGAGUAGCUGCAGACUAUAUCUGACCUUGGAGAUCAGAGACAGAAGACACAUUCCUAGAAAUUUUCCAUAAUUCAAUUAUGCAUUGGAUUUGACACGAAAACGAACUUGCUUAUGGGCCCAACCAACGUGUAAACAAUGGCCGCUGCAGGAGGUGGUGCUGCAUGGACGAUCACCGGGGAGGAUCGGUCCAAACAUGAUUCCCAGUUCUUCCAGCUCAGACCUGUCAAUGGGUUUGUUACAGGUGACCAGGCCAAAGGCUUCUUCAUGCAGUCUGGAUUGCCCACUGCCAUUCUGGGACAGAUCUGGACUCUAGCUGACAUGAACAAUGAUGGCAAGAUGGACAAGAAGGAGUUUUCUAUUGCCAUGCAUCUGAUCAAGAAGAAACUACAGGGCUACGAGUUACCCAAGUCUCUUCCUGCCUCACUGAAAGCUGACCCAGUGGUGGGGUCCUUUGGUGGGAUGUCUGUGGCUGGACCAGGAAUGAUGAUGGGCCAAGCAGCCAUGCCAGCUAUUGGCAGUAUGGCCCCAACAGCGAUGGUCGCCAGUCCUAUGACAAUGCCGGUCAUGUCUAAUGGAGUGGCCCCGCCCAUGUCCCAAGCUGGAUUUGGAAUGAUGGGACUGGCACCUGGUAUGGAUGGUAAACCUCGGGCUGGAUCCUUUACUGCAGUUCCUCAGCAACAGAUGGGUGUUGGUCAGAUGAGUUCCUUUGCGAUGCCCCAACCGAAUAAGCUAAAGUACACUCAGCUGUUCAACACCAAUGACAGGAACAAGCGAGGGAGUCUUACAGGUGUUGAAGCCAGGGCGAUCUUUCUACAGACGGGUAUACCGCAGCCAAUUCUGGCCCAGGUUUGGGGUCUCUCUGAUGUGGACAAGGACGGGAAGCUCACCUGUGACGAGUUCUGUAUAGCCAUGCACCUGAUAGACUUGGUGAAGAUGGGUGUGACACUGCCCCCUACCCUGCCUCCAGAGCUCCUACCCACCAAGGGCCGGUCAGGCAGUUUUGGUCCCCCACAGGUCAACCAGCCACAGCAAUCUCUACCAGGUAAACCCAAGGACGCGUUUGAAGACCUGUUAGGGAAUAUGGGUAUGGCUCCUCCUCCUUUACAGCCCCAGGCCAACAACAACACUAACCAGGAACUAGAGGAGGAUAUGUCACAAGUGACAUUUGAGGACAGACGGAAGGAAAACUUUGCAAAGGGUCAGGCUGAGUUGGACCGUCGGCGACAAGCUCUCCAGGACCAGAUGAGGAGGGAACAGGAAGCUCGCAUGCAGAAAGAGCGACAGGAGCAGGAGAAAAGGGAACGCAUUAGACAAGAACAAGAAAUGAAACGACAAAUGGAACUAGAAAAACAUAUGGAAAAACAAAGACAAAAUGAACGUGAAAGAGAAGGACAGCGCCAGAAAAUAAUGGAACAAAGAGAGGCUGCCAGACGUGAGUUAGAACGCCAGAGGCAGAUGGAGUGGGAACGACAGAGGAAAGAACAGCUGCUAGCAGAGAAACGUAGAGAAUAUGAGCAGUUAGGAAACCUCAAGUCUCGCGCUAAUAACCUUAAGUGUGAGCUGGAAUCACAGGAGGGUAAGAAAACAGAAAUAACACAGAAAAUCUCUCAAGUUCGCAAUGGAGUGACAGACUUCACCGGCAGUAUCGAGUCUAUGAGGGGCAAAAGGGACACCAAAAUGUCAGAAAUAGACCGGCUACAGAACGAUCUUCAGUUACUAAACCAGAACUACCAGCGUGUUCAGCAGGAAAGGGAACACUUACACAUUCAGAUGCAGACAACUGUACAGAGCAAUCCGUUGUCGGAAACUCACAGAACAGUUUUACACAGUGUGGAACUGAAGAAGACGACAAUACAGAAGCUGGAGAAAGACCUGGAACAGAUAGAGAGAGACACCGAGUGCCAACUUCAGGAGAUAGAUAACAACAAUUCAGAUCUUAGUGAACUGAACGUGAAGCUGAAAGAUCUCCAGAAUGAAUUGAUUACACUUCAGACACAAUCACAGCAGACAUUAAACCAGCAGAAAAACCAACAGGAAGUAGAUAAUGCCAGUAAAUUGAAACAAGAGAAGUUACGCAAGGAACUGGAGGCUCAGAGAUUAAGAGAGGAAAGUGACAAGAAAGACAAACCUACAACAGAAAGUGAUAGCAGUUCUUGGUUUGCCUUUGGCAAUGAAAACAAAACAGCAACAGAGAGUGCUCAAGAUGAUAUAUGGAGUAACGCUUUCAGCUCGGAGAAUUUGAAGGCUGUCGAUACCAAACAAGAUAUAUGGGCAUCGGCCUUCUCUAGUCAGUCUACAGACAAACCUUUAGUGUCUACUGAAUCAAAGAAAACAAAAUACAAAGUCUUGUACCAGUUUGAUGCCAGGAACCAGGAUGAGUUAGCAUUGGUGCCAGGCGAAAUCAUAAUGGUCCCGGAAGAUCAGAAGGGUGCUGAGCCGGGAUGGAUGGGAGGGGAAAAGGAUGGCAAGACUGGCUGGGUCCCCAAAGAUUAUGUAGAACUUGUUCAAGAAAGUGUACUGUCUAGUCAGUUUUCUGUGAUGAAUGCCUUCAGUGGUGCUACAACUUCGACAGUGAGCUCUGUACCAGCGCAUGUCGCCCCGGUGGAGAGCAAACCUACGGCCCCCACGCCGCCAGCUAAGUUUGUCGAUGACUCUUCCUUCUCUGUGGUACAAUCUAAGCCGGUGGCACCAUCGCCUACUCCAGGCCAGGGCACUGCUGCCCCAGACGGGCUUCAGGCCCAGGCCCUCUAUCCAUGGAAGGCUAAGAAGGAUAACCACCUGUCCUUCAACAAAGGUGACAUUAUCACAGUAAAGGAGCAACAAGAAAUGUGGUGGUCUGGAGAGCUCAAUGGACAGGUUGGUUGGUUCCCAAAGUCCUAUGUGAAGUUAAAAGGUGCUGCACUGGCUGGGUCUAACAUAAGUUCCAGGUCCCAAACGCCCACCUUGGCUGCUGAAAACAUUGAUGGGGGAGGCAGUGCUAGGUCCACACCACAGCUAUCUACCCCUGCUCCAGAAGGAGAGAGUUUUGUUGCUAUGUACAACUACAACUCGGCAGAACCCGGGGAUUUGGCUUUUAACCAAGGUGACAUGAUCAUGAUAACCAAAACGGAAGGAGAUUGGUGGACAGGCACGAUUGGAGAUAAAACUGGAGUGUUCCCAGCAAACUACGUCAAAAAGUCGGACGUCCAGCCAGCCCCAGCUUCUACGUCACAAAGUAAAUCAGGUUCAUUACCUUUAAAGAAACCAGAAAUAGCAUCAGUGAUAGCCACGUACACAGCCACCGGACCAGAACAACUCUCACUGCAACCCGGUCAACUCAUACAGGUUCGCAAGAAAAGCCCCAGUGGCUGGUGGGAAGGCGAACUCCAGGCAAGAGGUCAGAAGCGUAAAAUAGGUUGGUUUCCUGCUAACUACGUGAAAUUGUUAGGAGCAUCCAGCAAACCCUCCACACCUGACACUACUCUACAGGCUCAAAGCGGCUCCCCCUCCCCAGCAUCCACGAUCAACAGAACUAAUACUCCUACCAUACCUCCACCUCAACUGGGCAGUCAACCGACACAGCCAGAGGUCAAGUACAUUGACCAGGUGGUGGCCUUGUACCCCUACAUAGCACAGAACGACGACGAGCUGACAUUCCACAAUGGAUCUGUGAUAAACGUCAUCAGUAAGGACGACUCCAACUGGUGGUCGGGGGAAUGUAACGGUCAGAGUGGCAUGUUUCCUUCCAACUAUGUUGAUGCCCUCACCACCUCACCCCCACAGGAACCUACAUGGUCCAGUGAUCCGGCAGUGCUAGCCGAGACGUCUGCCCAGGAGAGUAAACGACAGAACUACAUCCACGAGAUGAUAAACACGGAGAUAACCUACAUGGAUGACAUGUCGGUCGUCCUGGAUGUUUUCCACAAACCAUUACUGGAGGGUAAUGGUAUGACAGAGGAGGAGUUGGCAGCCAUCUUUGUCAACUGGAAUGAGCUGAUCGUGUGCAAUACAAAGUUGUCAAAGGCGAUGAAGGUGCGUAAAAAGAUGCGUGGGAAAGGUCAAGUGAUCCAAGUCAUUGGAGACAUUCUAUGUGAAAACUUGCCUCACUUGACACCCUAUAUCCGUUUCUGUAGCUGUCAACUCAACGCAGCAGCCCUACUUCAACAUAAAACAGAAAACUCACCAGAGUUUAAAGAACUUCACAAGAAAUGUGUGACAGAUCCACGGACGAAAGGCAUGCCUCUCAGUAGCUUCCUCCUGAAACCAAUGCAGAGAAUAACCAAGUACCCACUAAUGAUAGGGAAGAUCCUGCAGUACACCCCAGUGGGCCACCCCGAUCAUCAGAAUCUGAUGGAUGCUCUGUCCAAAGCAGAGGAACUGUGUAGCCAGGUCAACGAGGGCGUACGUGAACGGGAGAAUUCUGACCGUCUCGAGUGGCUUUUUAAUCAUGUCCAGUGUGAUGGUCUAUCGGAGAAAAUUACAUUUAACUCGGUAACAAACUGCCUGGGACCAAGGAAACUGUUAUACUCAGGGACACUGUACAAGAACAAAAGUAACAAGGAGCUGGUUGGUUUCCUGUUUAACGACUUCCUGAUGCUGGUGGUACCUCUGACCAGUUCCACGUCGGUGUUCGUGUUUGACCCCAAAGCAAAGGCUCAGUACAAGAUGUACAAGUCGCCAAUUUUCCUAAAUGAGGUGAUGGUGAAAAAGAGCGCGGAUGAAGAUUCAGAGACUUGUCAGUUCCAGCUGUCUCACGUAGACCGAGUGUUUAACCUCCGAUCAACCACCCAGACAGAACGGGAUGCUUGGUGUAAGAAAAUAGAAGCAGCUUCGCGACACUACCUGGAAACGGAGAAACAGAAGCGUGAGAAGACACACCAAUUGCGACACACAGGAGGGGUUGGCCGUCUGCUCGUGUUGAUCCUCGAGGCCUGUCACCUACAACCCAGUGACGACAACGGAAAAAGUGACCCAUUUUGUGAAGUUAGCAUGGGAGUGCAGGAACACAAGACUAAGGUCAUCAACUCAACUUUAAACCCUAAGUGGAACCAGUCCAUGCAGUUCACCAUCCGAGACGUAGAACAGGAUGUCUUGUGUAUUACAGUGUUCGACAGAGAUCUGUUCUCCCCUAAUGAUUUCCUAGGACGGACAGAGAUCUGUGUUAAGGAAAUUAUGGAUGAAAACACCACCACUAAAGGACCAAUCCAAAAGAGGCUGUUGUUACACGAAGUCAGCUCGGGGGAGGUUCUGGUGAAACUAGACCUCCAACUAUAUGACAAAGAUACAUAACAGCCACACACAGGACAUCACUCCCUGGCCACUACUGUAUCAACAGUGAUGUACAGGGGUGAGACCUACAGUGUUAACUCGGGGGUGAACAUCUUAUUUGAAGGUGGCAAGUGUCUAUACUUAAUAUCUUGAAUCCACUUUCUUAGACUUUGUCCUGAUAUUUCAAAAAAGAACCAGUAACUUCAUUUUUUUUUUAAACUGCAGAGGCUCCUCGUUGGUCUUGAUAUGAUAAUCUUCUUAUUUUGUAUGAUGGCUGAAUAGGAAGUAUUCCAUUUUUAAUGCAGAAUCCCGUCUUAAACGUUGUAACAUUUGGAAAACCAAAGCCCCUUUUGUAUGGGGGUAUGUUUUACAAAUCCUUAUGUUGGAAUGGACUUUCAGCUGCAGUAGUCUCCCUGCUGGAGACUUUCCGGUGCUUGUGAGUAAAUAAUGGAUGGAAGAUCUUGUUAUCUUGAUGUCCUCAAGGUUUUGACGGAUGGACUGCACAGUCACGGUAACUUGCAGCAUACUCCAGUUGGUCAGAUGAUAUAGCUGUGAUUUUUCUAGCCUACAGUGAGUGCUCUUUAAGCCACAGCCUACCCCCUAUCAACGCAGCAUUACGACAGAUAUUCACCAUUGUUUGGCCCACAUGAAAUCCUAUGUUUAAAAUGUUGUGAUUGAGAUCGUGUAUAAUAGGUAUUGCUUGGUUUGUACGGUAUGUAUAUGAUAGGUGUUUCUGUUUGUUGUGUAUUUAACCAUUGACAGUCAUGUCCAAUCUUGAUUCACAUUUCAUUAUAAAAGAAUAUUUUGCUUUUCCAAGAAAUAUUCGCUCUUUUUUGUAUAAUUUUUUUUUUAAACUUGUUCAAACACUGUCAUAUACACACUAAAUCAA